AUGGCGCAGCUCAUCUUCAAGCCUAAUGACCGCCGAGCAUUUCGAUAUAUGCGCAGACGCAUGAUACCAACAAUGCAUGAUGAUAAAGAAGAGGAUCAUGCCCAGUACGACAACGCAGUAGAUGUGCGAACAGUUUCCGCCGGCACGUCCAAAGCUAUGUCAGAUCCGCAAGAGGUUGAAGACAAUAUCCAGUGGAUUCGCCAAAAUCAUCCCGAAAAGAAGAUCCUCCUCUGGGGAUGGUCUGCCGGUGCUUGGGCCUGUCUGAAUAUUCGGGAGCCCGUCGACUUGCUUGUGGCUUCUUAUGCUGUCAGUUCAAUGCAAGACGACAUCACACACAACCUCACAAAAAUCAAUGCACUUGGGUCACAAGCUACUUCAGAUGAAGUGUCUUCCAUGUCGGCUGAAAACCAUCCCGACCCGCCAGCGAAGUAUCUUUACAUGAUUCAUGGAGCCAAUGAUAAUCAGAAAUGCAAGCGAGGAGAGUCAGGAACAUCGCAGAAACAUGGGUCAGGAGAGCCAGGAAAGCCAGAGGAAUGGCUGGGAAAAGAGUUGAGCCGGGAAGAAUUAUUCAUAUCCGACACAGAAGAGUUACUGAGAUUUGAGUCAGGAGGAUCGGAGCUUGGCCUUGUCCAUUAUGUCAACUAUUAA